UAGCUCUUCCUAGCUAACAGUAGCUCUUCCUAGCCUCACAGCUAACAGUAGCUCUUCCCAGCUAACAGUAGCUGUUCCUAGCUAACAGUAGCCCUUGUUGAGUCUGAUCUUGUGUUUGGAACUGAGCCUCGUUGUUGUUGGAUCAGCUGAUCAUCUUUAAUCACUUGUAAACGCAUCCGCUGCUUCAGCUCUAAUGAGUCUUUAUCUCCACCCUCCGACCACAUCAACUAAAACCAACCCCCCCAUCAGUCCUCAUCCUCGCUCUGGCUCCAGGUGUGUUUUAAUCUCCCUGUGGUGUCACAUAUCAAACGCCCCCACACACACACACACCUCACCUCACCUGAGGCCUCCAGGAAGGAAGCGGAGGGCGGCGCUGUCUCCGUCUUCAAACGCUCCCCCAGGACUUCUGAGGAGGAGGAGACGGAUCAGAGGGAGGAGACGGGAAUAAAACCCAGCGCACCCCAGGUAAGACCCAGGUUCAGGUCUGGAGAUCAGACCAGACGCAGACGCCCGACAGAGACAGAGGGAGACGGAGACAGAGAUGGACGCGAGGAUGAGGACGUGGAUGUGUCCCGGUGUCCUCUACAUGUCUCUGCUCUGUGUCCUGGCUCUGGACUCUAACACCAUCAGAUCUAAAGAGACGACGCUGCAGAGACCUGAGGCCCCGGUGCAGGAGGAGACCAGCUACGCCCCCCGGUGUCCGGCGGCAGACUGCAGCGCUCCCACGAGGGGGGGCUGCAGUAACCGAGCCCGGAGACCGUCCUCCCCCAGACAGAGGGACGACCACAGCUUCAACAGGACCAGAGCUGCAGAGAUGUCGGGCUGCGUGCGCUCGGGCGACUGCGGCGCCGGGUUGUGCUGCGUCCGGUACCUGACGGGGAAACGGUGCCAGCGGAUCCCGACCGAGGGCCAGGCCUGUCUGCUCCGGGGCCCCAGCAAGGUCCGGCGGAACCUGGGCCGCUGCGACUGCGACGCCGGCCUGUCCUGCACCAAGGAGCCGGGGCGGAGCAAAGGCGGCCAGGGGGUGUGUCUUCCCCGGAGUAGGCGGGGCCAGAGGAAAACACGGCAUUCUGGGAAAAAGAGGAGGACGGCGGAGAGGAGCUGCUGAGGCCCCGCGGCCUCUGGAAGUGUUUCACUUUUAAUUUAUUCGACAAACAUUGUACAUACGACAACUUCCUCACUAACGAAUUACAAUAAAAAUAUAACGAACAACUUCUAACAAAACACAAAAAAGCCUUAAAGAAUCUAAAGUUUUAUACAGUGAUAAUGUUCUUAGUAAAUCUGUAUUUAUGUGAAUAAUACUUCGUUAUAAUCUUCUUAUUCAUGUAGAACUAAUUUUUAUUCUCAAAAUAAACUAAAUUCUCGGACCAGAUUCAGUGUUUGUGGACGUGGAGGAUAAAUCAUAUAAAGUUUCUAUAAAGUUCAUCUUGUUCCA